AUGUCGAUAAUACGUAGAUCACCCCCAGGAAGUAAAGUGCAUCAAGUGUCGUCGGAGAGUGAUAUUUCAAACAUUGAACCUGAAAAUCCACUGAAUUAUGUUGGGAGGAGACAGAAAAAAACCAGAAAUGAAGAUCAAAGGAAAGGUAUUGAUGAUUCCCUUAAAGAUGAACUAUUAUCCAUGCUCACCAAUUGGAAGAAGGAUCAAGAUCUUAUUUUGAGUAAAUUGUGUUCAGAUAUUGCCGAACUUAAGCAACAAAACGCCAACAUUCAAUCAACUAAUAUUGAAAUGGAAAAAGCGUUAACAUUCAUAUCCACAAAGUAUGAAGGUAUGAACACUAAAAUUAUCAAUUUAGAACGUGAACGAAAGGAAAAUUAUAAUUAUAUAUUGAGUCUGGAAAAUAGAUUAGAAGACGUGCAAAAAAGGCUUAAGUCCACAGUCAUCGAGUUCCGUAAUUUACCUACUCCAGCACAAAACAUAAAGCAGGAGACACAACAAGACUUAUGUGAUCUGGUUCAAAAGAUUUGCGAUGUUUUAAAUGUUAACUUUCACCCAUCCGAGAUAAAAGACAUAUUCAGAAUUAAAACUAAAGCCGGUGUGUCUACUGUCAUCACCGAGUUAACUUCGGUACUGUCAAAAAAUAAGAUAUUAAGUGGAGCGAAAGAGUUUAAUAAAAUUAACAUUAAUAAUAAACUCUCCUCAAAAUCUAUUGGUCUUUCUAGUUCUACAAUGCCGAAUAUAUAUAUCUGA